GAAAGGGCUUUCGUUAAUCCAUUCAUUCUGACAUCCAUUCAUCAUUUUGCUUUAUUAUUCUUCAUUCAUUCUUUUAUUCACAUUAUGAAAUAUAUGUACUACAAACAGUGGGACACUGCUGCAUUACUCAUGAGCCUUUUUUUCCCCUCUUGAAAAGGAUUAGACAAACGCACAAUUGGUGACCAGAUUGUCCCUGUUAGCUACCUCCUGACAAUGUUAGGUGACAAAGAUUUCAAUUUAAAUAGGGGAAGAAUGACUACUGCUAGCAGUCCUCAUAAUCCACAGUGCACAGUUGACUUGGGUGCUCAGUACAUCACCUGCACUCCUCAGUAUGCCACAAAACACCAAAGUUUUUAUGAUGAACUGUUAGCUCAUGGCCUUUUGAAGCCUCUUACCUCUCCUAUUGAAGGAAUGUUGAUGAAAGAAGGAGAUUGUAAUUUUAUGGCACCUCAAGGAGUUUCUUCGAUUAUUAAGCAUUACUUGAAAGAAUCAGGUGCAGAAGUCGUCCUCAGACAGCGUGUAACCCAGAUCAACCUGAGAAAUGACAAGUGGGAAGUCUCCAAGGAAACGGGCUCCCCUGAGCAGUUUGAUGUCAUUGUCCUCACAGUGCCAGUUCCUCAGAUUCUGCAGCUUCAAGGUGACAUCGUGAACUUAAUUAGCGAAUGCCAAAGGCAGCAACUGGAGUCUGUGAGCUACUCCUCUCGCUAUGCUCUGGGCCUCUUUUAUGAAGCUGGCACGAAGAUUGAUGUCCCUUGGGCUGGGCAGUACAUCACCACUAAUCCCUGCGUACGCUUCAUCUCCAUUGAUAAUAAGAAGCGCAAUAUAGAGUCACCAGAAAUCGGGCCUUCCCUCGUGAUUCACACCACCGUCCCAUUUGGAGUUUCGUACCUGGAACACAGCAUUGAGGAUGUGCAGGAGCUAAUCUUCCAGCAGCUGGAAAGCAUUCUGCCAGGUUUGCCUCAGCCAGUUGCUUCCAAAUGCCAGAAAUGGAGACAUUCACAGGUUACAAAUGCUGCUGCCAACCCUCUUGGCCAAAUGAUUCUUCAUGUCAAACCUUUCCUGGUGUGUGGAGGGGAUGGAUUUACCCAGUCCAACUUUGAUGGCUGUAUCACUUCUGCCCUAUGUGUUCUAGAAGCUUUAAAGAAUUAUAUUUAGUACCUGUAUCCUUAUUCUCUCCAGGUACAUUGGGAUUUUGUUUUCCCACUUUUCUCUUAUUGAUUAUUUUGUUUUCUAUGCUAUUGAGAAAAAUUACUGGAAAAUUGUUCUUCACUUAUUGUCACUUUUCGAAUGGAGUAGUAUAAAAUAAAGCUUAUAAUUUUGAUAGUU